UGUCAGAUCAAGCUUUUGUGAGAAGAGAAGGACCAUCCUAAAGUUAGAAUUAGAGGUUUGACUGUCUAUUUGUUGAGACUGUUGCCAUGGAGCCAGACCCAGAUGAGCACCUGCAUCCUGGAGAGGAGGGCCUGGAGUGGGAGGAUGAGAGCAUCAAAGAAAACAAGCCCAAGGGACUAUACAGUAAAACUUCAGAGAAAGCUCGAGGUUUUAUCUCCACAGAACGGCAAUGUGCUCUCUUUUGUGGAGGCAAGAAAUGCAAGUACUGCACUGGAGAUGGAUGGGAAGACAAUGAAAAAGUCAUCAAGGGACUGUAUUCCCACUGGGUAACAGACAACAUUCUUGCCAUGGCACGGCCUUCAAACCAGGCCAUUGAAAAACACAAACUUGUGGAGCAGUUUGUUGAGAAAGACAUAAGGUCAAUUGUGAACCUGCAAAUAGCCGGAGAGCACGCAGACUGCGGCCCGCACAAACUGGACCCCAGCGGCUUUUUGUACAACCCCCAGGCAUUUAUGGAGAAAGGAGUAUUUUUCUACAACUUUGGUUGGCCAGACUAUGGGGUAGCCUCCCUUAGCACCAUACUGGACAUGGUUAAGGUGAUGCAGUUUGCAGUAUCUCAGGGCAAGGUGGCUGUACAUUGUCAUGCUGGCAGAGGUAGAACUGGUGUGAUAAUUGCAUGCUAUUUGGUGUUUACCAACCGUAUAACAGGAAGGGAGGCAAUCCAUUACAUCAGGGAAAAGCGUCCCCAGUCGAUUCAAACCCGACAACAGAUGCAAGUUAUUCAGGAGUUCGAGCAGUAUCUACAGCCCUUCCGGACAGUCUAUGCCUCAAGAAUUUUUCUCAAGGUCAGGAGCCCAAGCCCAAGGCAAAAAGGCAGCCAUGAAUUUACUCUACAGCAGUUCUUGAAUAGGCAGCGUCAUAUUCUCCAUGGUUACGAAGCCAGAAGACUCAAAUAUGUACCAAAGAUUGUGUAUACAGUGUGUGAAAGGAUGCUGGAACUUGCCAAGAAAGGUAGCUCUCUACAAAAACAGCUGGAAAAAGCAGCCCAACGCUCCACUACUGAUCUCCGAAAGACAUUUUCUACUGUAUCGAAGAAUUCCACACUCUCUCCGUCCCCUGUGAAACAAAGUGUUUCAAAAGACUCAGUUACAACUAUAAGCAGCAAACGCAAAAAGCCUGGACUUCGAGCACUGCGUAAUCGAAUGCGCAGUAUAAGUAUGGAGGACCUUGCGGAUGAUAAAUAUAGUUCAGUGCUCAAGCAUGCGGAUGCCGAUAUUGGAUCAGUAGCAAGCUCAAACAGUGCAAGUAUGUUAGACGAUGAUGAAGAUGACGAUAAUAACUCGAUAGUGUUUGGAAAUAGUGCUACGGAUUUGCGAAAUCUACCUGAGCCAGGCUCAAGCAAGAUGAAGUAUAAUUGUGAUUCGUCAUCCCAGACUGGUACCAUGAGUUGGAGUGUGGACCAGUCUAUAAAUACAAAUGAUAUGUCAGAAGACUGUGUACAAACAGUGGCUUAUGCUUUGUCAGCUGAUACAAUAGAUAAAUAUGUGCGAGAGAGAGUAGAAGAAUAUGAAGAACAGCUGAACAGUGGUGACAGUGCUUGGUUGUCAUUGGCAACAGAAGGUGACCCACAUGUGCUUGGAUUGCUGCUUUGGGACUGGCUUGACCAGUUAAAGGAACCUGUACUAAGAGCACAAGAUUUAAACUGUAUUUUACACUACGUCACAGACCCAACAACUGGUCUGCAAAAACUGGAAAAGGGCACAAAAUUCACUAUAGAAUACUUAGUUAAAGUAAUCUCCAAAUUACGACCAAUGAAAGAAGCAACGCUACUCAACAUUUACGAGAAACUACUCUCCCAUCUGACACACCAGUGGGUGGUUUACGAUGACACCAGCGGGAGCUCCAGCUGGGCGGGAUCGACGCGCGAAGUCAUCGUGGAAAGCGAGAAAGAACACUGGAGCGAUAUGAAGGAAGAUAUUGCUGAGAAACUCUUCAAUUUUUUUCAUAAUCUUCAGAGAGAAGUGGAAAGCAAACAUAGAGUUAAGUCGGGAAAUUUUAGUUGAAAAUGGAGAUGGAAUUGGUCAGGUUCUCAGUCAUGACAGCUAGAAUUUAGGAUGUACAAGUCCAAACUGGCAUAUCACUUAAGAAAUUGAAUUUCAAAAUUUGAGUAAGAUCUGCAAAUGUUUUACCACUGCAGGGCUUGCCGGCCUGCGCUAAUUUUGACCAGUGAGCUCUUCAGCAAAAGUUCUACAUGGUGCAAGAUUCAUAUUUUUCAGAAUUAACUAGAAAGUGAUGCAAAGACCUGUUGAAUGCCUUUUCAUGUAUUUGUCAUGGGUUUGGCAGUGAGGAUGUUUAGUUUUUAUCUAAGUCCAUUUGAUAGGCUUGCAACAAGGUGACAGUUGUGGUGUCUGAGAUGGAGCUGUUUGAAACAGAUUUUAGAUUUAGAUUGUGUGUAUUUACCUGUGUUUCUUGCUAGUUUGCUGGUUAUCUAUUUUUUUGUUUGGCUAACUGCUCAAAAUAAGAAAUCAAGAAUAUAUGUGUAUGAUGUUUAUGACUGUGUUGAGGGAUUUGGUAUUGUUAAGUUCGUUACUGAUUAUCAGAAUGUAGGUUUAACAGGAGUCUUGACAGUACCUUAGUAGGGGAGGAGGUCUCUGAGACAACAAUAGACCUAAGUGGACAACAGUGAGUAGAUCUCAGACAGUCACGAUUUUUGCUUUGUUUUAAAAAAUUAAAUCAGGUACCUGUUGAAAAGCAAUGACGUAUUUUUGAUGUACCAUCUGUUCAGAAAAGGUACACUUUCGUCCUUUCGUCUAAUUUUCUAUCAUUGUUGUGUAUACAUGUAACAAACAAGGGUUGUCAGAGGUCACAAAACUAUCAUAGGACAUUGCUAUAAAGAAUGUUUGUUAUGCUGAACAAUCAAUAGAAAGCUUCAUAAAAAUUUAAUAGAUAUUGAACAUAUUUGUCUUAAAUAUUUUUGUUUGAUGUUAUUUUAAAUAAUCAUCCGGGAAGUACCACUGUCAAACUAGUAUUUCAACCAAUUUGCACGCCUAUUUUGGUACCUGGUACUUUUUAAUGUUUCUUAAUAAAUGAAAAAGAAAAGAAAAAAGUUUGCUGUUCAGAAAACAAAAUCAGAUAUCUCAACAGAUUAGAAAGGUAUCUUGAAAAAACUUAAAAAACUGUCUGAGAUCAUCCCCCCUCCCCCUCCCUCACCAUGGUAACAUCCCUUUGUGAUAUAUGUUGUUAUGCAAGGUACUUUUACCAUAGAUGUUCUCUGACCUUUGUCUUUAUAGUAUUAUUGAUCUAGGCUGUUUAAACCCUUGUCUUGAGUAAUACUUGGUACUAAUGCAUUAAAAGAUGCCACUUGAUUUCAUUUUUAGAUUUUAUCUGUUAUAAUUUAUGUUCAAAAUUCAAAUGGAAAAAAGAUUAUUAAUUACUCUUAUCAGUCAUGUCUUAAGCAUAAAUCUGAAUCUAUUUUUAUUAUGUAUAAUUUAUGGUAUUAACUAUUUAGAGUUUCUGUUCUUUAAUAUUAACAUAUUAUAAUUGACAGAGAAUUUUGCUCUUCCUGUUGUCAAAAUCAUUAUGAUUUUCUUUGUUGAUUUUUUUCUUGUUUAACAUUCUUAAGUGAGCACUUGUUAUAUUUACAAGUAGGUAGUUGUAGUUCAAGGACUAAAUGGAUUUACUUUGUGAAGAUAUGCAACUGUGUAUUACCAUUCUCAUGCAUCUGGUUUUCUUUUCUUUUUUGACAAAGACCCAUGCCUGUCAAAUUGGGAUCUGUAAGUGUAGAACUACUAAGAUUCAAAAUAUUAGAAUGUUACAUUUUCACACGAAAUUUUUAUACUUACCACCAUUAGAGAAAGCAAUUAUCUUACAUUUUGCAUGAGAACUCUUCUAAAGCAGGUCUUAACAAGGCUACUGAUGCCUCGUCUUGAACAGGCUUUGGAUGCCUCUCUUGAACAGGCUACAGAUGCCUUGUCUUAAACAGGCUACGGACGCCUCAUCUUGAUCAGACUACGGACGCCUCAUCCUGAAAAGGCUACGGAUGCCUCGUCUUGAACAGGCUACUGACGCCUCGUCUUGACCAGGCUACUGACACCUCGUCUUGGACAAGCUUCUGAUGCCUUGUCUUGACCAGGCUGCUUGCGCUUCGUCUUGGUCAGGCUCUUGAUGCCUCGUCUUGACCCGGCUGAUGAAUUCUCAUUAUGACAUGUUAGACUGCUGAUGCCUUGACAUGACCACUGUGACUGCUGACGCUCUGUUUUAACCACUCUUCUCUUUGUGGGGGCAUUGAAGAGUUCAUUUGAAAUAAAAACACUGCAAUGAUAGAUAGAAAAACAAUAUUGAACUACCGGUAUUCAAAGUUGAUAAAAGAAUGUAUGGCCAUCCUAUAAACAAAAGCAUCAUUUAUGCUCGAUUUUUAGAAUGGUGUGUUCUUGGUUGUAAGUAAAUAGAUUUUUCUUGAUUCUAAUACUUAAAUUUUAAAACAAACGGUUAGACUGAAGGUUUAUUUGAAUUUACCUGUAAUUUAUUUUAUGCGAUCUACUGACAUUCAUUCAGUGUUUCACUGAAUUUCCUGAUCUUGCGAAAAAAAUUUGUCUUUGGCUUAAUAAUAAUAAUAUAAUAUAAUAAUAAGAUUGCCCCAAUGUGUUUAUUAUUGUCAAUAUUUUUUUUUAAUAAUUUAACUUAUUUGCGAUUCUAUCCAUUCAGAAAUUCUAUAUUUAAGGUAGACAAAUCAUUACCCUUUACACAUUUUGGAUUGAAAAUAUAGAUUAAAUUAAUUCAGGCUUUUAUAUGAACAGCAAUUAUAAAGCGUUUCAACUUGGUGUAUGUUAAGGCUGCAAUCUUACCGGUAUGUCUUAAAACAACGGAGGAAAUAUUGCACUCAGAAAGUCAUGAUGUUUAAGGUAAUGGAAGUGGUUUGCUUCCUUGUGUUUAUAUUUCUUGUCUUUGUACUAUGCUGUAGAUUGUUUUUAUGUUUUUCAAUUUUUUUUAAAGGGACCAGACACCUAGUAGGCACCAUUUGCAAAAAAAAAAGAAAAUUGUCAAACACUUACAUAAAAUUGAUAUUAUUGUGUAAAACAUAUUGAAUCUUACUUACUGAUAUAUCACAUCCAUUAUGACACAUGCAUCUUUCACAGUUUUGUGUAUUUUUCUAAUUCAAAAUUGACGGUUUGUCUACACAUGUAUGUGUAAAUCCCAGUUAAUUUAAAAAUAGCGUCAGUAUAUGUAUCUGUACUAAUAACUUGACUUUUACAUGCUAAAAAGGCAGGCACACUAUAAACUUUGAAACCAUUAUGUGCUAUUUUAAAACAGGUAAACUCUAUGGAGGCUAUUCGUUGCCAAAAGUCCAGACGUAUAAUUCCCACAAUGUGCUUCUUAAUCGUACUAAAUAUCUCUUACAUUUGUCAAUGUAGACGUGCUAUUUGUUGUUUCUAUUUGUCAGUUGUUCCGUAUUGAUUUGUCAUUUGUCAUUAUAGUAGUCAAAAUGUAUAUUUGUCAGAUCGACCCUGUAUAAACUCACUAAAACAUAGAUGGUAUAACUUGCCUUUAACAAUAUGAUGAUGUAAUUUAGAAAGCCGAAUCAUGCAUAUGUAAAACUGCAAUCCUACAGUCAACAUUCGCAUUCGUAAAAUGAACAUUUGCAGUCCAACAAGUCCAGGUUUACAAAAGUCAAUUGACAAGUUCAGAAUUACAAGGAUAGACGAUUUCGCCUAUACCUUAUAUGGUAAAUGUCACCGAAAGAAACGAAGGUGAAUGGGCGGAGCUAACGAAUCAGAUUUUCUUUCGUUUAUUUCCGUCGAAUCAAGCAAGGGAGAUAACAUCUUCGCCUACCUCCUGUAAAUUCCCGGUUGUAAGUCCGAGUACUCUCUCUUAUUUCACAACAAAAACUAAAAUUAACUUAAUCUUUUAUUUAAUUUUGACGAUCAAUGUUCCUAAAUGGGUUUUAAAUCACCAUAUUAUUUAGUCAAUUGCAGUUGGGUGUAUCUGAACUGGGCUCACGGACCCAGAUUAAUACUGCCACUGUCAGUUUUUUUUACUUAUAUACCCAAGCAGGCAAAAAUUGUUCAUUUAUUUUAUUUACAAGUGGACCAUGGGCGGCUCGUUCAGUGUGUGUGUGGGGGGGGGUGGGGGGAGCUGUUGGGCCUGUGUCCCCCCGCCAGUUGGCCCGCAAGUAAACUUAAAGGUUAUUUUUUUGUCAAUAUUUCUCAGAAAAAAAGUACUUAAUUACGCCAUAAUGCACCAAUUCGGACUAAAAAUAUUUGAUAUAUUCUAGGGGGAGUACCCCUUAACCCAACUUCCCACAUUUUAAACAUAUUAAUGUCAUGCCCACUCGAGGGAUCAUGUCCAAAAAUUUGUGCCCUUAAGUAACGCCCCUCUAACGCAAGUCCUUGUUCAAAACCUGCUCCAGCAAACCCACGAAACUUUUGAUGGACAUCAUAAUGAUAUCCACCUAGUUUUGUCUGAUGUUAUACAUUUACUAUCUUAAUAAGCAUGUAUGGUGUAAACGUGUAAUUUCAAUACAUCAUUGAAACAAAAUAUCCAUGUGGAUGGAAGAACAGCCCUCCAACCCACUUGUGUCCCCAAGUUAUGAAUUACGGGAUCUGCCACUGUGAACCAUAACAAUCAAGUGGGGGAUUUCAAGAACAUGAAAAAAUAGAUAUCAUGAGUCUUAGAUUAGAAAAACAAACGCGCGAUUUUUCCCCUCCAAAAGGGCUAGGUCCGCUUCACCUUAAUAUAAAUAAAGCCCUGACUGUUGAGUGUGGGUGGGGUAUAAAAGCUAGCAGCAAGUAAUAAUUGUUUAUUAGCAAUAAAUUGACUUCAUCAUUAAAAUACUUUAUUAAUUACCUAUAAAAUAAUAUUCGUUACAGUAUAAUGUACGAGUUAUAUGAAGUUGUAAUCUUAGUGUAUUUUAUCCAUACAUUUCCAGCUACCAGGUAAGAAACCUCUGGGGCAUCUUAGUGAAUAAUUUCCACUUAAUAAAAAUUUAGAUUUUUUUCUUCGUAAAUUUUAAAUUAUCUAAUAUGACUUGCAAUCUUAAACAUUGCAAAAAGGCAAGAAAGUGUCAUCUAAUGGUUGAAUUUAAAAUAGUGUUUAUAGUAAUUUAAAGCUGCACUCUCACAGAUUGACAGUUUUGACAACCUUUAUUUUGUCCCAGACUCGGCUGAUUUUGGCAGCAAUGCUUUCUAUACAAAUAAUAAGAUUACUCACAAUAAAAAAGAUCUAAAUUGUUUGGAAAACUGCCGACAUUUUUCAUUUUUAGCUCCACUGGCCGAAGGCCAUGGAGCUUAUGUCGUCACAGAUUGUCCAUCGUGAGUGCGUGCGUGCGUGCGUGCGUGCGUAAACUUUUACUUUAAACGACAUCUCCUCUGAAACUGAUAAGCGGAUUUUGACAAAACUUCACAGGAAUGUUCCUUUGGUGGUCCUUUACCAAAACUGCUCAAAUGGUUCCGGUCCAUUGCACAAUAUGGCCGCCAGAGCUAAAAAUAGCAAAAUCUUUAAACGACAUCUCCUCUGAAACGGUUCGGCAGAUUUUGAUGAAACUUGACAGUAAUGUUCCUUGGGUGGUCCUUUAUUAAAAUUGCUCAAAUGGUUCUGGUCCAUUGCACAAUAUGGCCGCCACAGCUAAAAAUAGCAAAAUCUUUAAACGACAUCUCCUCUGAAACGGAUAGGCAGAUUUUGAUGAAACUUGACAGAAUUGUUCCUUGGGUGGUCCGUAACCAAAAUUGCUCAAAUGGUUCCGGUCCGCUGCACAACAUGGCUGCCAGGGCAAAAAAAUAGAAAAACCUUUAAAGAACAUCUUCUCAGAAACCGAUGAUCAGAUUUUGAUGAAACUUAACAGAAAUGUUCCUUGGAUGGUCCUUUAUCAAAUUUGCUUCAAUGGUUUCGGUCCACUGCACAAGAUGGCCCCCAGAGGUAAAAAUAGAAAAACCUUUAAACGACUUCUCCUCAGAAACCGAUGAUCGUAUUGCAAUGAAACUUGACAGAAAUGUUACUUGGGUAGUCCUUAACCAAAAUAGCCCAAACAGUUCUGGUCUGCUGCACAACAUGGGCACCAGAGCUAAGAAUAGAAAAAAAACGUUAAACUACAUCUUCUCAGAAACCGAUUAUCAGAUUUUGAUGAAACUUUACAUAAAUGUUCAUCGGGAUGCCCUUUAACCAAAAUUCCCCAAAUGGUUCCGGUCAGCUGCACAACAUGGCUGCGAGAGUUAAAAAAUAAAAAUAAACUUUAUACGACUUGUCGUCGAAACCGAUGACCUUUUUUCGAUAAAACUUCACAGAAAUGUUUGUUUGGUGCUCCUUUACUCAAAUUGCCCAAAUCAUUUCGGUCCACUGCACAACAUGGCAGCCAGAGCUAUUAAAGUAAAAAAUUUUUUUAAAUAACUUCUCCUCAAAAAUUGAUGAUUGUAUUUCUAUGAAACUUGACGAAAAUGUUCGUUAGGUGGUCUUUGCUUGAACCUUUUGGCCAGUGGAGCACAGGCACUGAUGUGCCUCUUGUUCUUAAAACGUUACUGUUGUAUCACUUUUAGCCAUAAAACAUCAAUUUGUGAACGUAAAACUGUAUCUGAUCUUUUAUCAGCAGUCUUAUACCAUUGGUAACCAGACAUUUACGCAAAAAUUGGCUAAUUCCAAAACAAAAAAUAAAAAUAGUUGUCAACACGGCCAAUCUGUGAGGGUGCAGCUUUAAAAGAAAAAUAAGACAAUGGGACUUUUCAUUUUUGAAGUAUAAUUUAAUGCUAAUGGCUUACAUUUUGUUGUGUUUGAGUCAAGUAUCAUUUUGCAUACAUCUCAUUUCAUGUCAUAUGUGCGUAUUAAUUACUAUUAUAUAGACAAAAACAUGUUGUAAUAGCAUAUAUUAUUUUAUUCGACAUGAAAUAAUUUAUAAUCCAUCCUGUUUCCAAAUCAUAGUCCAUAGUGUCAUAAUAUAGAUGAUUCGUAAUGUCCAUAAAAAGGUUCGCAAUGUCCAUGGUCCAAAGUAUCCAUAAUUGGUUUAAAUAGAGCCGAGUGAUAGCGGAAAUUUCCGAAAGACGUAAGGAGGAGUUAAGACAUGGUUAAGGCGGAGUUAAGACAUGGUUAAGGCGGAGUUAUCUAUAAAUUAAAUUAAAUUCAUCUCAUGUUCAACAGCGAAUGAAAAGUUACCACCAUACAAUGUAUUUUGUAGAACUACGAACUGAAAUCUGUCUUCUACCCACCGCAAUGUAAAACCCGGCAUGUGACUUUCACAGAAUGACGUGUGUUUUAACACACACAACUUUAUAAACACGACUGAAUCGUCUGAUGAAUAGAUGCAACGAGAAUAAAACUCCAAUCGGUACAAUGAAAAAUGAAAAUGUGCAGUGUAAAAUGUAGACAUAAACCGAUGAGUUGGCGGUUGUAAAAUGUAAAUUGGUAAAUCAUCAAUGUUACAAACCUAAAACACACACAUACACGUCUGGACUUUUGGCAACGAAUAGCCUCCAUAAAACUCAGCUGAGACAGCAACAUAUAUCAUUUUAAGUAUGUAAAAUGAUGUUUUAUUGGCCUCGUACUAAUUCAUAUUGACAGUUCUAGGCUUGUUUGGUGGAAAUAAUGUAUUUGCUGAUUUAGGGACCAUCUGGUGUCAAGCCCCUUUAAUAUAUUUUAUAUACUCUUGAUUCCAUCAUAAAGCAAAUUUAAAACUUCAAAUUUCGCAAAGAGGAAGUUCUAUGGUGUAUAUUUAAGCCAUCAAUAUCUCAAUAGUUAUUUUACCAUAUUGGAGAGUGUUUACUUCUAUGCAUUAACUCCCAUAUCAGAACAAGUAGGCGGAGCUUAAACAUGCAAUACCUAGCAUGUGGAUAAAUAACAAGGCUAUUCAUUAAUACACAUGCUAGUAUUUGGAAGUUGUAUUAGACAACAUGAUACAAAACAGUUAAUACACCAUAAACCCUCGUCAUUGAAAACCCUGGUAAGUGAAAUUAUACAACUCACACUUUGUGCUUCUGUAUAAUUUCUAUAACUUAGGCUGGGGACUCUGUUAAAAACACAAAAAUGGACAUUUUGAUAUAAAAGAAUCUACAGCAUAUAUUGGUUCCAUUAUUUAAUGCAUUACACCAUGUUUGUCAGUUUUAAACACUGAAAUUAAAAUCUAAAUCAAACUUAAAAUGAUAGUUGCAUGAUAAGUUGAUUGUAGAUAUUUCCUCAUGUUAUUUUGUUGUAUUCAGGUACCGUUAUACAUACUUGUAAAUGCCAAAACACAAAAAUGGACAUUUUUUUUAUUUAAAAUAUUUGACAUAAUUAAUUUCAUUAUUACAGAAUGGUUGCCAGUUUUACAAGCUGAAAUUCAAAUGAAAAAUAAAUCAAACAUAAAAUGAUAGUUGAUAUUGUAUUUUGACUGUUGAAAUUUUCUUAUGUUAUUAUGUUGUAUUGUUUUAACGUUAUACAUACUGCAAAUGCCAAUCAUGACUGUUUUCCUUAUAUACUGUUAUGAUUACAAGGUCAUGAUUGUAUUUGUUCUGUAGUCAAAAAUUGUUCUAUAGUCUUAAAAUUAUAAAUGUAAUGCUUUUGGAUAAAUUUUGUGUAAUUUUCACUUCUGUAGUGUUAUGAAUUUGGUUCUCAAGUUGCUUUAUAAAAGUUGCGUAACUUUUACUAUGCCUAUGAGGUAAUGACACAAUCUUUCUCAGCAAUGUCCCUAUUUACACCAGCUAAAUUGAUAUUUUUCUUAAAUUUUAGCAUUGAAGAAACAGAAAAGUUCCAGAUUUUCGGUGUAAGAUCUACAUUUAUUUCAUUCCUAAUCACAGGUCAUAUUUUCACUUGGGUCUGCUCCACGUGUGGAUUACAAGUAAAACUUAUCUUCAUAUGCAGUGUAUGGUUAGUGUUUACAUAUCAAAACAACUCACUUUUUUUAUGAAUCGUCGCAGUCAUUUCAUCGUAAUCAAAAAUAGCAUUUAGUUAAGUAUAGUACUGUUCCAUAUGAUUUUUUCAGUUUUAUUCGAAAAUUCUUACUUUUAUCCAAAGACAAAAAAUAAAGAGGUUGUCAAAACGAUCACUCUGGGAGAGUGCAGCUUUAAAACAAAGGAAAACUAUAUUUUAUGUUCCAGGCAUUUAAUAAGUGCAGAGUCAUACUGUUACAAUUGGUUGUUAGCUUAUCUGUGUGUCAAAGAAAAAAGUCAAGGUAUUGUGAUAGCCUUCAAGUGUCAUUGCCCUCAUUGGCCACAUCAGAGCAUUGGCAUCCAAACACUGGACUGUGGUCAUGACUCAAAAACGGUGCAAGACACUUAGUACACAUGUUACCAAUGACGCUACACACCUGUGUAGCGAAGCUUUAUAAUAAUUAUUGACUGAAAAAACGAACAGACAAACUUUGGCCAUCACUUCCUUGGCCUGUAUUACUAGCCCUGAGUCUGAGGCAAGGUCUGAAUUUGAGACUUAAAGACUCAGAAAUGUGAUAUUUUAAAUGUUUAAAAAUAUCUUAAAUAUUACUUUGAUUUUGCUAAAUAACGAGUGUUUCAUUGUAAAACAGGUUAUUUUCCACAGAUAUAUAAAUUUUAUCAUUCUAAUUGGUGUAAGAGCAGUUUAACAACAAAAUUAAAAUUUGCAGUUUUAAGUCUAGGAUCUCAAACUCAGUUUAAAGAUGUUUUUAAAUAUGGGCCCAGUGAUCCUUUAACUUUCAACAAUGUUUUUGAUGAAAAUCGUUGAUCAGACAAGUGUAUGAUAUUAUGUUGGGACCAAUUUAGGCUUUUGAACGCGACAUCUACAUCUGGUUAUUUACAUCUACUGGCCAUGUUUUCUCAAAAUAUCUUUUUCAGUCAUACUACUUUAUUUAAGCCUGAUUUAUAAACCAAAACAUAGUUUAACUUGAUUUCAUUCAAAUAAUUUCCUUAAAAUGGAUAUUUCAUAAUUUAUAACAAAUCGAAAUAAUGAGCUAGCUUGAUCCUGUUAAAAGGGACAUGAGAUUGGUUGAGAAAUUGGGGCCAGCAUAUUUUUCACAUUAACUGUUAGUUGUGAAAUGAAUUUUGUUAACUAUGAUAGUAUGUACUAUGUGUGAUAUUGAUUCUUUUUCAAUGCAUAUCAUGCUUGUUUUGUUUGAACAUUGCAAUAAGCCACCAUUAUUGAUUGAUCCAGUUAUGUUGUCGGAUUUUAAAAUAAAUUAUUUGAAUUUAA